ACCGAAAGCUGAGAUACAAGAUAAAAUAGACCAAAAUCACACAAGACCUAUCAUAGGAUCAUAUUCAUAAGAAAGGUAACCGAGUUCAACAAAAUGAGUAUUAACAAAGAUACAGAUGUCAUCAUUAAUGAUACUGACUCUAACAGUAAUCUUGAUUUAAAGGAAAGAACUGGGCUGCCUAAAGAUGACACUGAUGGUCACGGUGGUAAUUUUGAUGAGGUUGACCAUGUAUGUGAUACCUCAGACCCCUCAAAGUGUAAAUCACCCGAUCAUAUCAACAUGAAUGACUACACCACAAAGAAAACAGUUGCUACUGGACUAUUUGACAUUGCGAUCUUCAGCGCAAAUGCAUCCAGACUUUGGAGAACACUCCAAGAGAAACCUGGACCAUUUUUCUACCCCGAGGUAUCAAUUCUUAUCACCAUCCUGGUCUUGCAAGUUGCGACAGGGAUUCUAUUGAUGUUAAUCGGGAAAGCGGACAUUCGUAAAAAGUCUGACAGAAAAAUGAUUGACGGAUGGAACAAUAUGGCAACACUGGCAAUAUUUGUUAUAACUGUUCUCAAUAUUUUGGUGUCAACAUUUAGUACAGUAGCACCAAAAUGAAUUGACUUGCAAAGAUUUUUUAAUCUUUCACAAAAACUGAUCAGUUUUAAAAAAAUGUCCUAAAAUACUUUUUGCCCUGGUUCCAUUUAGAGCUUUAUUUGACCAAUGCCACAAUUGAACCAAAUAUGGCAUGGUUUUCUCCCCAAAAAUUCUUACCCAAUUUCGGCCAUGUUGUAAUACAUCUCCAAAGCAAAUGCUGUUUCUGGGGGCAUAAUAUACUUCAUCAUCAUAUCCACACAAUCAUCCCAUGUAUUCUUGGCAUUGAUCUUAUUCGCCUCAUCAAGGGUAGAUCUCACCCUAUGAGUCUUAGUCUUAUCCUCAUAGUUUUCUCCUCCCAUGUAAUUAUUUAGCUUUGUGAGCUGAUAUUCUGUUAAAUGUAUCGUGUUGAAUUUUUCCCUUUCAUAAUUCUCGUUCCAUAGGACCUUUUCAAGAUCCUCGUAACUAAGGGCAGCCUUUAGUUUAUUAUUCUUAGGAAGUGACUUCGGUCCAAAUGAUGACGAUAAAAUAGAACUCCGCUUAAAUGUGCUUGAUUUCAUAAAACUCUUCCCCAAAGAAGAAUGCUUCCUUUUACUGAAUGAACUAAAGCUCGGCAUCUUGGUUGCGUUAACUUGCUAUCCAGAUGCAGCUAUUCCCAGGUGGUUACUUUUCAUUAAUUAUAACUAAAUGUUCCAAUCAUUAUAAAACAAAAGAAAAGUGUCAUCACAUUUGAGGUUAGUUUAAUCAUCCAAAUG